AUGAUUUCUAAUGUUACGAGCUUUGGAAGAUUGACAAAUAGGCAUCGAUCCCUAUUGGUUUUCGCCCAAUCUUUAAGUUCGAGGCCGGUGUGUAUGCUGCAAAACGUAAGAUUCAUGCAUUUGUUGAGGAAAGCGACAAAGUCCGGGUUAUGGAUGUAUCCCCAAACUGUCAGUUCCUCCAGUUGGUGA